AUGGAAGAAGCAGGGCGGAUCCGCAAGCGCAUCCCCAAGUCCUGCCGGCGCUGCCACCGUCGCAAGCAGCGCUGCGUCGGGGCCCCAGUCUGCGCAAACUGCGAGCUCGCAGGCCAGCCGUGCGUGCGAUCGGACAGCGUCCCAUCAUGGCAUCAUGGCAUGUCCAAGGGUGCAUUGGCGCAGCGGAUCGAGACGCUGGAGGCUCAACUCGCAGCAUUGACGGACGGCACCGCAGCGAGCGCGACACACUCUGACCCAGGGGACCGGCCUCAUUCCUCGCAUGGAACCGGGGCCAGCUAUCGAGGCGCCGGCUCCGUGUCUAGUAGUUCUCCCUCCGACCCCGAGAACCACGGGGCAGUCAUGCACUUCCUCAUCCAGGGCCACGGGUACGAGGACAAAGUCGAGGGCAACUACCUAGGCCCAUCAUCGGGGCUCGCCAUCGCAGAGAACAUAAGCCGGCUUGUCCAAGACGCAGGGUGGAAGUCGAUCCCCGUAAACGAAACCCACGAGUUCCUGGCGCCGUGCGAGACCGAAGCAAAAGACCCAGCGCCUGCUCCGGACGACGCAAUCGGGACGCGCAUCCUCGACGCCUACUUCAAGAGCAUGCAGAUGCGACUCCCCUUUUUAUGUCGGUCGGAGAUCUACAGCUUGCAUGCAAAGCGCCACGAGACGCCCGGUGCAAGCACGCAGGAGCAGUUUGCGCGGUUCAAGAUCUUCAUGGUGUAUGCGAUUGGGGCUGCCAUCCUCAAGAUGACCGAGAUGUAUGACUCGACGCCGCCGCGGAAUUACUUCAUUACGGCGAUGCAGUACCAGCCUGCGAUCCAGGAGUCGCUGUCUAUAUCGAGUAUUGAGGCGUUGAUGCUGCUAGCGAUGUAUAACCUGCAAUCCUCGGCGAGCUCGAGCGUCUGGUAUAUGAUGGGGCUUGCAAUGCGGAUAAGCGUGGACUUUGGUCUGCAUCGCGAAGCCCAGUAUCGACGGCUGAGACCGUACGAGGCGCAGCGGAGGAGGAGGUUAUUCUGGAGUGUUUACUUGAACGAGAGGUCUGUUGCUUGGUCGCUGGGUCGGCCGUUUAGUAUUGGGGAUGAGGAGAUUGACGCCGAACCACCGGCUGAUAUCGACGACUCGCUGCCAGACGGUGCACCAGAGGAACUAUUCAGGAAUCCACGGAGCCCGCACGAGCAGUGGGAUGGGCCGAAUAUCCGCUGUUUCAUCGUCUGUAUCAAGCUAUCCCGGAUAUCUUCACGGACACGAAGCAGCGUCUACCGCGUAGACCGGGACCUGCCCUCUCUCCUCCCAGAGGUCCAUCCUAUACUCGAGUUUUUGGAUGACUAUCAACGAUCACUACCGUGCCUCUCAGCCUACGAAGACGACUUCAUCCAGAUGCACUGGAACAACGCCACCCGAACUCUCCUUCACCCGUUCCUGUCCAUCCUCCCACCAGACGACGAGCUCGCCAGACGAUGUCUCUACGUCUCCGGCCAGAUGUGCCAAUACUUCAAGCGUCUCCGCCAGCGAGACUCAACCUGGUACUCGUUUCUCCUAAUCAACACGCUCUUCAUGGCCGGUUUAACCAUAUGCCUCUGCCUUUUCCGCUCCCCCCGUCUCUGGACAAUAAGCGUCUCAAACGACCUGCGCGCCUGCUCCUCGUGCCUCUUCGUCAUGGCCGAGCGACAUCCCAGCGUCCGCAAAUACCGCGAUGCCCUCGAAACAGCCAUUAACCGGGUAAUGGACUACGUCAGCGACGCACAUAUCCAGAUAAACCAACCCGGCCACUCCAUCACGGCAGACAAACGAAACGGUUUCCCCACGGAAGUGACAUAUAGCCUUGAUCGGGCACUCACCGACCCGCCGACACCGGGGUUCUUGAUUCCGUCUCCGCAGGCGAGCAGGGGGCCUGGGACUGGGGGGAGCGGUGGUGGGGAGACGCCCAGGACGCCGGAUAUUCUGGGGCUGGGGACGGUGGCGGAUGGACGUACGUUCUCGGGGCUGUUUUCGGAGGACUUUUGGGCUGGGGAUGCGUUUAGCUUGCAUAUUGGGGAGUCGUUUGGGUUGAGGAUGUAG